GGAAGCUUCAUUCAACAUAUACCUACCAUUAUUAUUCCGUGAACAACCGCAAAUUUAAACGACACAGGUGAUUCUGAUACUAACAAUACAAUGUCUCCACCUUCGAAUAACGAUUGGACUGUCGAUAUGAAUAGGUUUGGGUUUACCCCGCGCAAGCUGCGGGUUGUGUGUAUCGGCGCGGGGUUCUCAGGACUGCUUCUCGCGUACAAACUAAAGCAUGAACGACCACUCGAUUAUGUCGACUUGGUCAUCUAUGAACGAAACCCCGAGAUUGGAGGGACUUGGUUUGAUAAUAAUUAUCCCGGGGUUGGUUGUGAUAUUCCAGCGCCCAGUUAUGUUUUCCCAUUUGAACCAAAUCCGCGAUGGUCGAAGUUCUAUGUUGGAGGGGCAGAGAUUCAGCAGUAUAUUCUGAAUACUGCAGAGAAAUACGGACUGAGAGAGAAGGUUGUCUUGAACACUUCACUGGUCAAAUCAGCCUGGAAUGAAGAACAAGCUAAGUGGAAGCUUGACCUGACGCAGCAAGGGGGCAUCAUUCACGAUGAAGCGGAUAUCUUGAUCAACGCUACUGGGUACCUGAAUAAUUGGAAAUGGCCAGAUAUUGAAGGCUUGGACACUUUUGAGGGGAAACUGGUCCACAGUGCUCGAUGGGAUCCCGACUAUGAGUGGGCCGGAAAGAAAGUGGCUGUCAUUGGAAAUGGAGCAUCAGCCCUCCAGAUUGUCCCCAGCAUGCAGCCAAAGGUAGCCAAGUUGGUUAACUAUAUCCGACAGCCCACAUACAUUCUAUCAAAUAUCUGCGGACACCUCACUAAGGACGGCAAGGGAGCCAAUUUCCAAUUCACAGAAGAAGAAAUGAAAGAAUUUGAAGACAACCCUGAGAAGUUUCUGAAAUACAGAAGAGUUGUGGAUAACAAUGUCAACUUUGCCUAUCGACUGUUGAUAUCAGGGUCCGCAGAAAAUAAAAUGAUUCAUGAUAUGACUGUAAAGAAAAUGAGAGAUCAAUUGAAAAACAACCCAGAAUGGAUUGAUAAACUUAUUCCGGACUAUGACAUUGGCUGCCGCCGUUUCAGUCCUGGCGAGGGAUAUCUUGAAGCAUUACAGGCCGACAACGCGAAAUGGUACAUGGGCAACAUUAAGAGACUAACUCUUAAGGGAAUUCAGACAGAAGAAGGCGAAGAAGAAGAAUUUGAUAUGAUCAUCUGCGCAACUGGCUUCAACACAACGUUUAUUCCCCCAUGGGAGCAUACAGGCCGUGGCAGUCGACGACUAGAUGUGAUGUGGCAGAAACGACCUGAGGCAUAUUUCUCUGUUUGCGCAGCCGACAUGCCUAAUUAUUUUAUGUUUGCCGGACCAAACUGCCCCAACGGCCAUGGUUCUGUGCCACAGAUGCUGAACUGGAGCUGUAAUUACAUGCUGGAUUGGAUUGAGAAAAUAGCCGAGGAUGAUAUCAAGUCCAUUGCAGUGAAGGAGUCUGUAGUAAAUGAUUACAACGCUUUUGCUCGCGAGCACCUCAAACGCAUGGCGUGGUCCUCAAGUUGCAAUUCGUGGUACAAAGGUGCAAAUAAUGAGAACACUCCAACUGCUAUGUACCCAGGGAGUCUCUUACAUUUCAAGGCUGCUUUGGAAAAAAUCCGCGGUGAACAUUUUGAUAUUCGGUAUAACACCUCGAAUCCCUUUCGAUAUCUCGGAAAUGGUGAAAUGGCCCAGGAACGUACCGAAGAGGGAUAUUUGUCCCAUUAUAUAACAAAGUAGCAUAGUUCAGUCCCCGAAUAUCAACAGGCGAGAGCAUGAUUCAUAAUAAACCUGUCUGCUAUGUGCGCCAUAAUGGGUUAGACUCAUCCCGGUGGAUCAGAGGUAUGCAAUUGACUUGGGAAAUCCCACCAUCCCAAAUGCUAUAUAAAAUACAGAUAUAAUUGAAUCGAUAGUUCUGAUGCCAAAAGAUUAAAUGAUUCUGAAAGGCGAAGGGCGAACGACAAAAUGC